AUGCCAUGGGGAUUAUUAUCAGACCGAAUUGGUCGUAAACCAGUCGUUUUAAUGGGACUUGGUUCGACAUCCAUUGGAGUUUUAUUGUUCGGUCUAUCAAAAUCAUUUGCUUGGGCAUUAGCCACAAAAAUAUUCUCAGUUACAUUUGGCUUGGGUAGUAUUGUGGGUGCUGCUUUAGGAGGAUAUCUGUCGAAUCCAGUAUCAAAGUAUCCCAGUGUGUUUGGUAAGAUGGGAUACAUGACUCGAUUCUUGAUAGAAUAUCCUUAUUUUUUACCUUGUUUCCUUGCCACUUGUCUCUCUACUGUUUGCUGGCUAAUGGGAUUCUUUUCCAUGAAAGAGACGCUUGAAUUGAAAAAGACACUAGAAGAUGAACAACCUUUGUUAGCAGAGCAGCAUGAGGAGUACCAAACAUUUUCCAGCCAAAAGUCGAAACGCAAGUUAUCAAACAUUCUUUUGCCAGAAAUAUUGGCUAUCAGCAUUUUGUAUGCAGCUGUUUCAUUUGAAAUGCUUUAUUUUGAUGAGUUGCUUCCGACCUGGUCAGCUACACCUAAAGAAGCAGGAGGUCUUGUCUAUUUGCUUCAUCAUCUCGUUGAUCUUUUUGGCUUGCUUCGUUUGUUUCAAAAAGCAUUGUUUGCUGGUGCUUUUGUAUUCUUGGCUCAAGGCUUAUGUCGAUUGUUAUAUCAAGUACCUCAUCUUUCAGGAUAUGACACUAAAUUCUGGGUGUGGACUGUAUUAGUGAUGUGCUUGACUAUCAAAACGUUGGCGCAGACAAUUGCCAUCACCACAGCUGUCAUUUUGCUUAAUAAUUCUGUCUCGAACUAUAACACCUUGGGCUUUGUGAAUGAAUUUUCUCAAUCUAUGAGAACACUAAAUCCCACUGUAGCUGGCUACAUUUGGUCAAGAUCCAUUAUGAUGGAAUGGCUACCUUUAGGAGUACGUGCUUAUGUUAGCUGGUUAGUCUCUUGGGUAUGGUUGGUCUCUUCACGUUUGUUGCGAGCAUGCGAUUGA